CUCAUUCACUGCCUGAGGUUAUAAACGUCGAUUCAGAGGAGUGAGUGGAUCUUCAACUGAAUUAGGUUUUGUUUGUGACUGAAUUAGGUGCAGCUAUGAAGGUGCUAGGCAAGGAGGAGCUGAAGAAAGCUGAGGAAGUUCUCAGGCAUUACUUUCCCCAGUCACAGCAGGUAUAUGGCUUUGUUUUUAUGAUGAAUCGAAUAGAAGGUGAUCCCAAAGACGUGCUGGUGGACCGCUGGCCAGAUUUUAACGUGCUAUUCAUCAGACCACAACUGCUUGAGAAAGGAGACCUUUUCAAAGACAUGUGUGUUUUUACCAAGGAUGAAACAUCUCUCAGGAGCGUACUGCUCAGUGCGGACAUUUUUGACUGGAAGCAGUACUUCUGUCUAAGUCUGGACGUGUGCCAUGUGGAGCUGAUAAGAAGUAUAGCUGUGAACAGAGGGGUGCCAAAUAUUCGAAACCAUGUGUGCCACACGAUGAUGCUCCAAGAUCCUUCGAAACUUACGACGGAAAGGUCACCCUUACGAGUGUCCUCGCUCAACGAGUCGCACGUCGCUCUGGUCAAUAGCACCUGGAAGUUCGGCUGUGGUGAUUUUAGUGACCGGUAUGUUAGGGAAAUGAUCAUGAAUUAUCCUUCGUGUUGCGUGCUGGACUCAGAGGGUCAACCAGUGUCCUGGAUCUUGACCUAUGCUUCCGGUGCGAUGGGAAUGUUGUACACAAUGCCAGAGUACAGACAGAAAGGAUACGCCAAAGCUCUGGUCGUGACAUUGGCAAAGAAACUGCAUUCUGAGGGCUACCCAGUGUUCUGCUUCAUUGAGUUGAAUAACCAAGCGUCCUACAGAGUCUUCCAGUUUAGGUUUCACAGCAGAUCCAUCUUGCAGGGCUACAUGGUUUAUAUGUGAACAGUAAAAUAAUACAAACAAGUUCAUUUAUUCCUUCUGAUUAUUUGUUGGAUGAUUAUUUGGUGAUAUCACAUUAAUCCCAUAAUUAUUUUGUUAAUCAGUGAGAAAUUGUUCUAGAAAGGCUGCGCCCAUUGUCCUCGAGAGGGCAGGACACUGUGGGCACAGACUCACCCAAACAGUUGAAGUCACAGAGAUCACACAGUUUCUUUAUUCGGAUGUUUGGUUUGAACAUUACCCGAAGCUCUUGAUAUGGACCUGCAUGAUUUUAAACAUUGUUCUGAUGCCACAUGAUUGGCUGAGAACGGUAUAAACGAGCAGGUGGACAGCAAGUGUAUUUUGUCCAUGUUUAGAGUUCCUGCUACUGGUACGUCUCAAAAAGAGAUGUGAUCUGUCUUAUACUCCCUAGUGUUCAAGUUGACACAUGCCCUUCUGAUAUUCCAUCAUGAUUUUCAGGGAAGGCACAAGGGAUUUCUGUCUGAGAGUCACCAAGACACUUUAUAGGAUUUUAUGUAAAAAUUUUCAAAGCACCAUUACAAUAUUUGUAAGACAUUUUUCUUAGUAGCCUACUGUAUUUUUUUUGUUCUCUAUUUGUAUGUCAAACCAUGAGCUAUUACUCAUUCCCCCCACUGUAAAUGAGGCGAUUCAAAACGUUAGCAUUUUUUUUUUUAUUAAACACAGUUCCUGUGAAGCAGUUCACAUGAAAUUUUUCAUACCAAAAUGCUCCAUUAUUGAAGAAAAGGCAUAGUGAAGCUUGCAACUACAAAACAUUUUUUAAAAGCCUGUGAAUCUCUGGGGGAAUGGAGCCUUUGAGUGUACAUGGAGGCCGUGGUGGUGGAGUCAGUCACCUGUUAUUUUCCCUGUGACCUGUACCGGCUUCCUUCAAGUCUGUCUGGAGCUCUUUUCUUGGCUCUCGAGCUACUCUUCUGACUCCCUGAUCAGAAGCUCCUGUGCCUGGUCAGUUCAUGGUAGCAUGAUGCUUCUUCCACUUGUGGUUAAUGGCCCUGAAGAUGCUUACAGGAGUUGUGAAAUCCGUCUGUAACCAGUGCUGCUGUUAUGUAGCGCAACGAUCUUUUUGCAAAGAUCUUGAGAUGCAUUAACCUUAGCUGAUUCUAGUUUCCAUAGGUAGGAUGUAGAACUGCUUAGUGAAAUCAGCUGCUGCCGUUCUUUGUCUUGGUGCACUGAUUUUUCUUAGUGUGUUCAAUACUUUUUUUUUUUUUUAUUAAAUAUAACUUUUUAUGGAUUAUGAUUUUCUAUCUGUGUAGAUUUAUUGAAUUAAUAUCAAUGUCUGGUCAAAAUUUCAAGUGAAUUGCUACAUUUGGUCUGUGUUUAAUUAAACAACGUGGAAGUA